AUGUUGUCGAACAUCUCAACGCUGGUGAUCAUUGCGUUGCCGAUCGUCGCGGCGAUUCCGCGCGUGCCAUUCGUCUCCAACGACGACGGCGAGAAGACGACGGCUGACUAUCAAGUCGGCACCACUGAAGGCUAUUUCGAGGCGUCGAAACUCCUUCAGAAGAGCGUCAACUUAUCGUUGGAUCCGUGCGACGACUUUUUCGAGUUCGCGUGCCGCAAAUGGGUCGACAGCCAUCCGAUUCCCGACUAUCUCACCUCGUACUCGCAAUUCGUUGUGACACGCGAGAAGGUCCUCGCCGAGAUGCGCCAACUCUACGAGGAUGCCGCCAGCACUCCGACGUCGAAAUCGAUCGCGUUGAUCAAACAAAUCUACAAGACGUGCAUGGACACCGAGAGGCACAACGCGAUCGGCGCUCGCGAUUUGCUCGACAAGAUCAAAACGUUCGGCUAUUGGCCGAUGGUGCACAACGAGCUUUGGCGCGAGUCGAGUUUCGAUCUCACCAAACUGCUCACCAACACGAUUCAAUCGCGCGACGUUUCCGUCUUCUUCGAUUUCGGACCGUCGGAGGAUUCGAGGAACGUCUCAAGACGGCUUAUCAACUUUGAUCAAGGAAGUUUGGGAUUGGGCUAUUCGACGAGAGAAUACUAUUUGGAUGAGAAGAAGUACCGAAAGCAGAUGAGCGCUUAUCGGAAGUACACGAUUGGCAAAGUUCGACUCUACACACAAGACGCCGGAUUGCCAGUGAACGAGACGAAAAUUGCGGCCGAUGUCGAUGAGAUCAUCGAGUUUGAGAAGAAAUGGGCGAAGGUGCUUGUCGCCGAAGAGGAUCGCCGCAAUUACACACAACAAUACAAUGUGCGAAACUUCAAUGAUAUGCAGAAAUAUGUGCCGAUUAUUGACUGGCGGCGACUUUUCAUUUCAACAACACCAUUUUUUGUGCACUCCUACAUCGCAACAAAUCCGAUUAUUAUUAUCAGCGAUGUCGAUUAUUUGGAAAACAUGUCAAAAUUGCUCCAAGAAACUGACCCGAGAGUCAUUACUAACUAUAUUCUUCUGCGCUACGCCGGCUCAUGGAGCCAAGAAAUUGGAACGAAAUAUGAGGAUCUUCAGCAGGAAUUCGCAUUCCAAAUGUAUGGUCGCAAGCAGCGGCAGCCUCGCUGGAAAGAUUGCGUCUCGAAUUCCGGCUCGAAAUUGAGUUUCGCCUCAUCGGCGAUGUACGUUCGACGAUACUUCGAUGCGAAUGCGAAGAACACGACGCUGGCAAUGAUCGACGAUCUUCAAGAAUCAUUCAGAAAUAUGAUGCACGUCAAUGAUUGGAUGGAUGAGAACACCAAGAAGUUCGCUUUGCAAAAAGCCAGCGAGAUGAUCAACCAGAUCGGCUAUCCAGACUUUAUUCUCAACGACGAAAAACUUGAUGAUUGGUAUAAGGGGCUUGAAGGCGCCCAGGAUGACACCUACAGCGCACUUGUCGAGAAGACGAUUCAAUGGCGCAACACGUUCCAUUAUAGACGCCUUCUCGAGCCGGUGAAUCGACACGAGUUCAUUUCGAGCGCCGCCGUUGUCAACGCGUUCUACUCGCCGACAAGAAACGCGAUCGCAUUCCCCGCCGGCAUUCUUCAACAGCCAUUCUUUGAUGCGCGAUUCCCGAAAGCGCUCAAUUACGGCGGUAUCGGCGCCGUCAUCGGGCACGAGAUCACCCAUGGAUUUGACGACACAGGACGUCAAUUCGACAAUGUCGGCAACCUUCGCGAUUGGUGGGAUAACAGCACCGCGGUGAAAUUCACCGAACGCGCUCAAUGCAUCAUCGAGCAGUAUGGAGCAGUGCCAGUGGAGCAGACGGACUUGAAGAUUAAUGGAAAAUUGACGCAGGGCGAGAACAUCGCCGACAAUGGUGGCAUCAAACAAGCGUUCAAGGCCUACCAACGCUAUUUGGAGAAGAACGGUGGACAGGAGCCGAGAUUGCCGGGUCUCGAAACGCUUACCAAUGAGCAGCUGUUUUUCGUCGGCUACGCUCAAACGUGGUGCGGCUCGAAGACCGUCGAGACGAGAACACUUCAUGCGCUGACCGAUCCGCACAGUCCGGAGACGGCUCGUGUCAAUGUGGUGCUCUCGAAUCAGCCGGAGUUUGCGAACGCGUUCAAAUGCGCCGCCGGUACCAAAAUGAACCCGACGAAUCGUUGCGUCGUCUGGUAG